AUGCUUCCGGAUCCCGGGGGUCCUGGGGCGCCGCAUGCGCGCAGCCAGGCCCAGGCGGCCCAGGCGGCCCAGUUACCCAGCCACCAAGGUGGGGUGACGCCGCCUAUGCAGACACCCGGCCAGCCGGCACCCAUCCGGCAUCAGGACCCGAGCUUGCUCCCAGACAGUCUUAUCGACUCGUCGUCUGGGCACAUGCCGCCAUCCCCGACCGCUUCAGUGGCGUCGGCUGCUGGUGUGGCAACGACUCCGGUGGCUACACCGGUGACGACUCCGGCAACGGCUGCUCCGAAUCCGCCCAGGGGCGUUUCAGCUCCCUCCGCGACACCAUCGGAGUGCUCCACAGUUGUCCGGCAUGGGCAGUUCAACACUGCUGCAUGCGACGAAGCAACAGACGACUCGGAUCCAGAUGUUUCCUCAUGGCAUGGAAGAGGUCAACAGCAAUCUUUGCAGGACGUCUUGGCCUUCCUGGACCAAAAGGAACGGGAGGUCAGCAUGAUCUUUUCCAAGACGCGGACUCAGCUGCUACAAGCCAUGCCCAUGCCGCCAAGCACGGACGGAUCUGGCUCGGCAGUGAGAGCUCGUUCUGACGAGGCCACAGUGAGGUGGAGGGAAUUUGGCGAGCCGUUCUACCGUGCGAUUUCCCUGCGGCUGGGUCAAGGCAAGUACAGCACCAUGUCUCAAUCGGGAGACUUCGGGCUUAUGUGGCAUAUGGUCAGAUCGGGCGUCUUGUGUAAGCGAAUUGAUUUCCUUCGACCUUGUGCACGGAUCACCUCAACAUACCUCAACGGUGGAGAUCGUACCGUCACCCGGCCCGCUGCUGCCAUGGCUUCCGCAGCCGCGCCUUCCGGCGAAUGCUCGCUGCAAAAGGCUGCCCAGUUCGCAAGUGAUCUCGGCAUCAGUUUCAAUCCCCACGCUGCUUGGCAACGUAAUGGUCAGCUGCAGACCAGGACAGAAUUGAAGCACUUGGCCUUCGACAAGUCGGGCCUGAGAUUGGGUGACAAGCUUGUGGCUAAAUGGCAGCAGCUGGCUAUGGCCUCUGUCCGCUUGCGUUCUGACGGCCAAUCUUUGGAUGUUGUGUUCGCAUCAGCAGACCAUUCCAUCUUCGACUUUGCACAGGUUUCGGUGCCCAUGGACGCCUCUGCGACUGCCUUGCUUCAGGCGAUCCAUGCUGCUCAGCUCCCGGUGAGAAGCAUCUCCCGGACAGUUCUGACAUGGCCAAUUCGGGCUCUGCACCCGCAUCUGACCUUCAAAGAGGUUUACUGGCUCCACUCGUCGAUGUCCAAUGCUUUGGAGGUCCUUUUCGGACUCACCUUUUUUCUCACACUCCACAGCCGCCUCAGUUCCUCUGCCAAUGGGGUAUUGUCUUCUCUCAUGAAAUUAUGGGAGGACAUCCAGAACAUCUAUGCAGGAGAGAAUCUUUCUGACUGGCCGUGGCUUGCAAGCUGGUAUAUGGUCUUGGAAGGCUUCCGAGGCUAUGGUGGGGGCUUCCUGAUUCCGUUCACAAUGCCGCUUCACCUUUGCCUCCUGCUGUUAGACUUCCAUGCCGAUAUUCUUAUAUUGACGAUGUUCCUGCCUCACGUUUUCCUCCUGUGGCAUUCGGUGACCAGCUUGAUCGUCGCCGUGCAGAAAGCUGUAGCCAUAUUCCUGAAUUUGACGCAGGGCCGAGCCAAGGGUUCAAAGAAUGAUUGA